AACAUUGUGGUUAAGUAGAACGAUGAGUAUAAUCGGCAGUGAAAUGCAAAUCCUGUUUUACUCAACAAACAAUUUAGACCCAAAUGGCUAAUUUUUCAGUUUUGUAUUUAGUCAUCAAGGUACUCCUGUAAUGAUUGAUUACAUUCUGGAGGCGUUUCAUAAGUAGCCAACAGCAAAUUAAUUUAUAUGAUGCAGUUCAUGUGGAAAAACCAAUUCGAGUUUUUUUUUAUCCAUGUCUCAUAUAUUCUGUGUUUCAUUGUCAAUACGUGAAUCACUGCUUCAGAUAAAUUGCAUUUAUCGCGAUGUCGUACAUUAUGGAAAACAUACACACUCAGUGUUCGGGGAAAUUAAAAAUAAUCUGUCCUAAACCGUUAAAAUAAAAUAUUUCUGGAGAAAUCUGCAAGUUUACUACAAUGUGUGGAUGCCCUCUGCUGGUCAUAUAAUCCGAUAUAGGAAAACAACAGGGAGGCGCCAGUUGAUUAAAUGUGGACGUGAAUCUAGGUGCUCACACAUCAAAACAAAACAUUUAUGUCUUGAAAUAAAAUACCAACCUGCUUGUGUCCAAUCUCCUAAAAUACUCGUUAUAUCGAGCCUCAAGAUGUUUGUUGCCCGGAGCAUAGCAGCGGAUCACAAAGAUCUAAUUCAUGAUGUUUCGUACGAUUUCCACGGCAGGAGAAUGGCGACUUGUUCUAGUGACCAAAGUGUAAAGGUUUGGGAUAAAAGUGAGAGCGGAGAGUGGCAUUGCACAGCCAGCUGGAAGACUCACAGCGGCUCCGUGUGGCGGGUGACCUGGGCCCACCCGGAGUUCGGGCAGGUGCUGGCCUCCUGCUCCUUCGACCGCACCGCUGCCGUCUGGGAGGAGAUCGUGGGGGAGUCCAACAACAAGCAGCGUGGACAGAGCCACUGGAUCAAGCGCACAACGCUGGUGGACAGCCGGACGUCGGUGACGGAUGUGAAGUUUGCUCCCAAGCACAUGGGCCUGAUGCUGACCACGUGCUCGGCCGACGGGGUGGUACGCAUCUACGAAGCGCCGGACGUGAUGAACCUGAGCCAGUGGUCCCUGCAGCAUGAGAUCUCCUGCAAGCUGAGCUGCAGCUGCAUCUCCUGGAACCCCUCCAGCUCCCGAGCCCACCCCCCAAUGAUCGCCGUUGGCAGCGAUGACAGCAAUGUGACAUACGGUGGAAAAGUUCAAAUCUACGAGUACAACGAGAACACAAGGAAGUACGCCAAGGCGGAGACGCUGAUGACGGUCACGGAUCCUGUGCACGACAUCGCCUUCGCUCCGAAUCUCGGGCGGUCCUUCCACGUGCUGGCCAUUGCAACCAAAGAUGUCCGCAUCUUCAAACUGCUGCCCCUACGGAGGGAGACCAGCUCCACCGGACCCACCAAGUUCGAGGUGCAGCUUGUGGCCCAGUUCGACAACCACAACUCACAGGUGUGGCGUGUGAGCUGGAACAUCACCAGCACCCUUCUGGCGUCUUCCGGGGACGACGGCUGCGUGCGGCUCUGGAAAGCAAACUACAUGGACAAUUGGAAGUGCACGGGGAUCCUGAAGGGAGAUGGCAGCCCGGUCAAUGGGUCGUCAGGGCAACCCGGGAUCCUGAACGCCUCGGCCGGGUCAGCGGCCCAGGGCUCUCAGAACGCCCUGAACGGAGCGUCGGCGGGAAGGAUUUGAGGACCCUCGCAAGCAUCACUUGAGAACAAUUCCUGAAUGCUUCAGCUGGUGAAGGCUCUUGUUAUGAGUGCAUGCUCAAUUCUACAGCCUUGAUAACACUAGUUUCGGCCUGAGUUGUUCCAGAUAAAGAAUUGUACUGGUGUGGAAGCACAUUACCCAAUUGGCUGCUCCAGAAUGAAGAAAAGUUCUCCAUCCCCCACAAAAAUAGGAUUUUUAAAUGUAGUGAUACACCAAUGCUCCGUACUAAUAUUUUGACCAACAUGAAUUAUGGAUGUUGUGUAAUGCUCAGAAAAGCAGGGCUAAUGUGCUUUGUUCUUGAUGAGUUUUUCUGAAUGCUAAAGAAUUGCAACAUUGCUUCAAACUGCCACUAAAUAUUGUCACAUUUAACCAUCAACUGUGCAUGGAACUGCAGUAACCUUUUCAAAUGGACAAUCAUAACUCAAAUUGCAAAAAUAAUCUUUUUAACAUGAGUAUGUAUGGAAUACUCAGAACACGUAGGAUGUAUUUUGGAAGGAAUCACCGUAUAGAUAUUCUGUUGUCAUGGUGCAUUUGUGACUGCAUGAUUUUUUGUGAUAAAGAUGUAUAUUUGUAUUUGCCUUGCGUUUGAUGUGCACAAACACACUGAUUUUUUUGUUUUGCUGAUUGUGGCACGCUCACAGGACUGGAAAGAGAACUCCCUUUUCCACUCCCCAACGGCGAAUGACCUAUCCAAAGGCUCACCAUCAGCCUGCAUACUACUAAACUCAGACACCCUCUGUUUGUCUCCAAGGUUUUGCUUUUGACAUGGUCACAUGGUCUGCAGACCGUUAUGGAUAUGUUCCAUCACAUGAUGGGUGACACACAUGCGGCUGACAAGAGUUGUUGUUUCAGUAACCCAAGAUGGUGUUGUUUACAUUUAAACUACUAAAACACUUUCACGCUCUGGCUCACUUUUUUCAGUUUUCCAUAUUCCCGUCAGUUGACACGUGUCUAGUAGAAUGUUUGUGAAAUUUAUGCUCUUUCUGUUAUACUAAAAGCACGUGCUGCAUUCUUACAGACUGUCCAUCAUGGAAAUUUGGACUGUUUGGGGAAUAGAUUUUUUUUUUUUUUUUUGAGAGUGAGGGGAAGAAUCUUGGGCUGGGGUGCGCAACAAGGGCCAAUCCGUUUCAGGAUUUUUUGCCAACUUCUGGUCUUAAUUAUUUAAUUGACUCAAUCAUAUCUUAUCUGACGUGUAUGAAUACCAGCUGCAGAUGUGUUUUACUGUGCUUGAACCAGGGUAAUUUAUUGAGCUCUCAGCAGAUUAAAAACAAGGUGAUUGGUUGGAACUAAAACCAGGAAGCAGAGUUGUGCACCCCGGCUCUUGGGUAACAAAUAAUUGGUGGUUUCGAGUCUCUUAAAGUUUUGUAGAUUCCAAAUUAAUUUAUAUUUUUACAAUAAAGUUUUUUCCCCUCCCAUUAAAA